CGAGGCCCAGGCGGGUGGGGGGGGGGUGAGGAGGAAGAGGAGGAGGUGAUGUCCCACAAUACCAGGCGGGAGGGCGGGUAGGCGGCUUGUAUCCGGGCUGUAGGGCUAGUAACCUGGGACUCCGCUGCGUCGCUGCUGCCUCACCGCCGCUGCCGUUGCUGCUGCCGCUUGCAGUCUCUGGAACGCGAGAGGAAGCGAUGCGGAGGGGUGGAAAAUGGCAGAGCUGCAGAUGCUCCUAGAAGAAGAGAUCCCGUCCGGCAAGAGGGCGCUGAUCGAGAGUUACCAGAACCUGACCCGGGUGGCGGACUACUGUGAGAACAACUACAUACAGGCUCCAGACAAAAGAAAAGCACUAGAAGAGACCAAAGCCUACACCACCCAGUCCUUAGCUAGUGUUGCUUAUCAGAUAAAUGCAUUGGCCAACAAUGUGCUCCAACUACUGGACAUCCAAGCUUCUCAGCUUAGGAGAAUGGAGUCUUCCAUCAACCACAUCUCCCAGACUGUGGACAUUCAUAAAGAAAAAGUGGCUCGAAGAGAGAUAGGCAUUUUGACAACAAAUAAGAACACAUCCAGAACUCACAAAAUAAUAGCACCUGCAAAUAUGGAACGUCCUGUAAGGUACAUUCGAAAACCUAUAGAUUAUACAGUACUGGAUGAUGUGGGCCAUGGUGUCAAGUGGCUAAAAGCCAAGCAUGGAAAUAACCAGCCUGCAAGAACUGGCACACUGUCGAGAACAAAUCCACCUACACAGAAACCACCAAGUCCUCCUAUGUCAGGCCGGGGAACACUGGGACGGAAUACUCCUUAUAAAACCCUGGAGCCUGUUAAACCCCCAACAGUUCCUAAUGAUUAUAUGACAAGUCCUGCGAGGCUUGGAAGUCAGCAUAGUCCAGGAAGGACAGCAUCUUUAAAUCAGAGACCAAGAACACACAGUGGUAGCAGUGGAGGAAGUGGAAGUAGAGAGAAUAGUGGAAGCAGCAGUAUUGGCAUUCCCAUUGCCGUGCCUACACCUUCACCGCCAACUAUUGGACCAGCACAAAUUUCUGUCCCUCCUCCCUCUGGAGCUCCACCUGCACCACCACUUCCUCCACCUCUCCUGAUGGGCAGUACGAUAGUGGCCCCGAGUUCAGCUCCUGGUUCCCAGUAUGGCACAAUGACCAGGCAGAUUUCUCGACACAACUCUACUACUUCUUCAGCAUCUUCGGGUGGAUACAGACGAACUCCUUCUGUGACUGCUCAAUUUUCUGCUCAACCUCAUGUUAAUGGCGGUCCUCUUUAUUCUCAAAAUUCAAUUUCUAUUGCUCCACCCCCUCCCCCUAUGCCUCAGUUGACUCCACAGAUACCUCUCACAGGCUUCGUGGCCAGGGUGCAGGAAAACAUUGCUGAUAGCCCUACACCACCACCGCCUCCUCCACCAGACGAUAUUCCUAUGUUUGAUGAUUCUCCACCUCCUCCACCACCACCCCCAGUUGAUUAUGAAGAUGAGGAGGCUGCCGUCGUUCAGUAUAAUGAUCCAUAUGCAGAUGGAGAUCCUGCCUGGGCCCCAAAGAGCUAUAUUGAGAAAGUUGUUGCUAUAUAUGAUUAUACAAAGGACAAGGAUGACGAGCUAUCUUUUAUGGAGGGUGCAAUCAUAUAUGUUAUAAAGAAGAAUGAUGAUGGAUGGUAUGAAGGAGUCUGCAAUCGAGUGACUGGCCUGUUCCCUGGAAAUUAUGUUGAAUCAAUCAUGCACUAUACUGAUUAAAAUUCUUUUGCUUUUCAAGUGGGAUCUUGUAUUCAAUCAUACUGUGGGACAGCUAUAACAGUGAACAGAUCUGUUUUACCGUUUUAAAAUGUGCCCAUAUUUUUAGGACAUGCUGUUUUAUCAGCAUGAUUGAAUGUCCAUCCGUGAGCGUAACUUUUGGGAGACAGUUUAUAUAUUGCAGAGAAGCAUUUUGUACAAAUAACUGUCAGUAACAGGUUAUGCUUAUGUAUUUACUUAUGCAUUCUUAAUUUUAUGACCAGCCUAAAUAUUCUGGGGAAGUAGGGUUUAGUAUUUAAUGAAUCAUGAUUCCAAUUGUGCCAUUACAUUUUUCAGUGCAGCAUGGUAAUAACUAACACUACGUUAGACUAACAUUAAGAAUCUGGAAGAAGAGUUUAAUGCUAGUGCUGGUCAUUCUUUUUAGUUUCUUGCUCAUUUUUGAACUAUACUAUUUGUUUAAAGCAUGCAUACGAACUUAUGUAUUGAAAUAUACUUUUAAAAAAUCCAAGAUGCUUCCAAUUUGUUAUAAUCUUUACCUAGAGAACUCACACACAAGUCUGUUAAAUCACUGAGUCUCUAAGGUAUCCAUGUGAAACAAAACUGGGUGGUCUUCUGUAUGUUGUAAUUUGUACCUACGUUUUUUUAUGAGUGAAUUUGCAUUUUCACUUUUUCCAUUCAUAAAUACGUAAGUGAACCAAAGGUCUUGUCCUUUCCUUCAUUGGUUUACUUUUUACAAAAUAAAAGUAUGGAUUUAUUGUAGAAUAAUGCUUCUAUUUUCUCAGCACAUACUCCAUGAACAAAAAAUUGGUGUAGGCCUUAUAAACUUGCCCUGACUUAGAAGAAAGUGAUUUAUUUUGGACAUUUAAAAUAAUUCCUUUUCUAAAAAUUUCUUUCAAAGCUAAGAUGGUGUAUAAAAGAAUCAGAUUAUUUUAAUGAAAAUUUAGACAAGAUUGUCUAAGUUAUGGGGUCCAAUUUACUGCCAUACUAUUCCAUGAGCUUUACAGAAGCUGUCUUUCUCAAGUACUAUUGGUCAAAUGUUGGUUCAGUAUAAGGAAAUUAUGAGCACCAUUUACAAGUAAUUUUUGUAAAAAUAGAGGCAAGGGCAGCUAGGUGGCUCAAUGCAUAGAGAGCCAGGCCUGGAGAUGGGAGAUCCUGGGUCCAAAUCUGGCCUCAGACUAUGUGAUCCUGGGGUCAAGUCACUUAACCCCAAUUACUUAGCCCUUACCACUUCUGCCUUGGAACCAAUUUUCAUACUGAUUCUAAGCCAGAAGAGAAGGGUUUAAAAAAAAGGAAAAAGAUGCCUUGAUUUUUGUACUGGCACUAUAAAAUCUGUUGUCUGGCUGAGGCAACCCAAAACAAACAAGGUCAAGUAGGGAACACAAUAGUUGCUUUGUUAGAUCAGAGUAAACAGGGACCAUUCCCAAAGCAGAGACUUCAUUUGUCAUUAAAAGUAUCACGUGCACUUUGUGUGUCUCCUCUUGAUUUAAGGAAGGGCUUUUGGUCAAAUCUUCAGAGGUGACAUUUCUGUUCUUGUUUUGUCCAAAUCUAUAUUACUUAGGAUAUCUAAAGUAGAACACUCAAUGUGGGUUUCUGUGUAUUGAGGACUUGUUUGGAUUUCAGAGUAUCGUCAGUUGUAUCAGGUAUUGAAGAUUUUGGCACAGUGAAUGAAAAAGAUCAGUAUAAAACAUUUGUUUCUGAAAAAUUAGAGAAAUACCUUUUUAUUUCAUCCUAGGUCAGUGCAACUGGUUUAUUCUUUUUGUUUAUUGUAAACAUGAUUUCAGUAUCAUUAGUGAUCAAAUAACUUUCAUUUCACUGUUAUCAAUUGGAAAAUUUUCUUAAUUUGUAUAUAACCUACUGUCUAAAUUUUAUGUACAGUCUUUUAUAAUAAAUCAUUCUCCUAUAUACAAUUUUGGGUACUGUCAAAUAUAACCAAAAUUUAAGCUUGAAUAUGAAGUUUGCUGUUUUUCUGUAACUUUUGUAUUUCCAAAUGUUUUGCAGGAAAGGUGAAAAACCCAAAUCAUUUAAACAUUGAUUAUUUAUUCUUAUUGUGGCCUUACAUGUGGAUUAACAUUGUAAACAAUCACACAUAAAUAAUAUCCCCCAUUAAAAAUUUACAGAACUAGAACCCAGGACAGAUUCAGAUGGUUUAAUGACAUAGUUAUGGCUUCCUUCAAUACAACUGGCUUUAAAAAGUUUUUUUAAAAAAACACCAAUAAACAAAGUUGAAAUGAUUUUUUUU